UACUACUUACAGUAUUGUCAAAACUUCGUUGUAAAAUGAACGUGUUUUAAUGUUUACUGUUUGUACUUUUGUGUGAUCCGUUUAAUCAGUGACUGUAACAAUUAAAUCUAUUGUGAUGGCCUCUAAAAUGGGUGUUAAAAAUGUAGUCCAGACUUUUUUAUUGCUAGUUGGCGUAUUCACAAGUCAGGCUAUAGAUGUGAAUGUUAUCGGAGAAUGGAAAACCGAUCUGGGUUGGGAGGUGACUUGCGGUUGGCAGACCUUGCCUAACGACACUCUGCAGUCCGUGCGUCUGUACAAUAAUGGCCAGCAAUUUAUGAUAUUCAGACCAGAAAAACAUGGGACCUCUCGAAGCGAAGUAUUUCGAACGCCAGAGAACUUCAUGAACGUGGAUUGUACCACAACAGCGGACAGGGGGCAACAGGGGAAGUGUACCCUCAUCCUAGAGCCUUACCAGCCACCGGUGUAUGAUUUCACAUACACAUGUGAAGUGAGCGGCGAACGACCAAUGUUCAGAAUUGGCAAGAAAGACUUUUAUGUCAGAGUAUUAGUGCCACCAUCUGACGCCGUGCUACACGUGAAAUCCCCUGAAGACCCCACAUCUCCUCGAGUGACUUUAAACUGUUCAUCUACUGGACUCCCAGCGCCAUCUUUGUUGUGGAAUGUUGGUGGUGAUAAGGUGCAAGCAGAUUUUUCGAAACGGGACUGGAACGCAACAUCCAAGCUCUGGCAGUCCUGGUCCACGCUAUCCUUCACUCGAUCUGAUCUCUCGUCUACAGCUACUUGCCUGCCCGAAGUGAAAUCGAAUAACGAGACUAUUAAGGGAAAAGCAGCUGUAUAUAAUUCUGCUGAAAGCUUAUGCGGUAUAUUAAAACUAACAGUGUUCACCAUGAUGGCCCUCCACCUACUGAGCUGAUGCUAAAGAGUUUCAAACUGGAAGUUACUUAAUAAAACACGUUUUCGAGUUAUUGUUUUUAUUUCGUAGUACAUCGUUGUAAACGAUUUCAGUUGAAGUUACAGUGGGUUACCAAAUAACAGUUACAAAGAAACAAUCAGAAUGAUAUUUGGUAAGAGAAGAUCCAAUGUAACUACAACUUAUUUAUUAUUGCAAAGCAAAAUAGAAGAACGUCACUGAUGCAGAAUAAAUGUGAGUAAUUUGAUUCCAAAUCUUCUCCUUUUAUGGGUGCUUCUUAGUACGAGAAAAUCAAGUAAAUUUACAAUUUGUUUGUUUGUUAACUUAACAAUUUAUAUUGGCCGUUUUAAAUAAAAACUUUGUACAAUUAUCAAGGAUAUGUGUCAAUACAAGAAUUUCACUAGCUCCUCUUAUUAUCCUGAUUGGGAUCGCCGGGAUUAAAUAAUUUCCUCUCGUAUACUUUGUAUAAGAACAAGUGAGACAAUUAUGUUGAUUCCAUCAUUAAAGCGUGUUUUAAUUAGUUUUUUAAGCUAUAUUUCUUUACGGUAGGAGCAUAGGUAAAAAUUUUACUUUAUCAUAUUCAUUAUGCAGUUCCUCUAUUCUGCUUUGCUAUUAAUGGUUAUAAUAUGAUAUAUACAUUAUACAUCUUACAUACUUCCACGCUCAUGUUUUGUUGUUUGUUCUCUGUUCAUAUGAAAUGUGUCCAAACCUUUCACAAUGCAACAUUCUAUUCUAAAAUGCUUUAUAUUCUAUUUAAAAUUAAACAAUUUAUUAAAAUGUAUCGAUUUAAUGUACAUAUUUAAAAAAUUCUUAGCAUUAGUCAGAUCUGUCCUCUACGUAUCAUAGUUAAAGAAAUUGCUAAGACAUAGGAUAAUAUCCUCAAUAUGUUUAAAGAAAUUAACAUAUUAUAUAAAAUUCUAUAUUGGGUUUCAUUGAAAAAUUACAAGAUACUGAACCUUUUGAAUAUAAGGUUUAGCUACAGUUAUGAAAAGAUCAGCUGUUAACAAAGAUUUUUUCAAAGUAAGUCAAUGGUAAAAGAUAUAUAAUCCCACCGAAUAUAAACGUUAAAUUAUACUUUACUGAGCGCGAAAGUACAUCUACAAUUACUUGGCAUGUUUUAAUAUUUUCCAUAUUACUGUCACUUCACAUAUUUAUUCAAACAUCAAUAACACAAAACAGAAACGAUUUAUACAAUAGAAUAUUUCAUGUGCGUUAUUCGUAGCGACUUAAAAUUGUAUUAAAUCCUAUACAUAAUGUAAAUAAUAAAUAUUUUUGGACGAAA